UUUGCAAAGAAGUUGGAAUUAAUUUCUUUCCUCAGAAAAGUUGGUAGUUGUUAGGGGUCAACAGAAGUUUCAGCAUCCACACAGACAAAAAAGGUUCCUGCUAAGAUUCACUCAAAGAAAACCUCCAAAGGAGAAUUCUGAAAACUCAUUUCAGGAUGAAGCUGCAAGAGCAAAGGAGUAUUUUUAUUACAAACAAAUGUUGUCCAUUGAUCAACAGAUGCAAAAGGAUUCUCUUCCCAGCUCCUACUGCUCCUGCAAGGGAAAUCCGGCUUCUCCUGCGGCUUCUCCUCCUCCUCUCUACUCUGCAGAAACCCACGCAGAGCUCUGAGGAUGCAAUGAAAAUCAAUUUUGACUUGGCACCAGGUUCCUUUGAUGAUCAAUACCAUGGUUGUAGCAAACAGGUCAUGGAGAAAUUAGAUCAAGGGGAUUAUUUCACCGAAGACCUACAAGCCCAUAAGAACUACUCCAGGAUAUGGCAUAAAACCCACUUAACCUGGAUGAACCAACCACAAGCUCUUCCCAAGAACAUGACGAUUCCACAUGCCGUGGCUCUCCUAGUCUAUACAUUGAACAGCGACGUUCGCUCUGACUUUUCUAAAGCCUUGGCCAACGAUGCCAAGACCCCACAGCAAUAUGAACAUUCAUUCCGCUUCAAAUAUCUACACUACUAUCUGACCACCGCAAUCCAGCUGCUGAGGAAGAAGGUCACCAGGGAGAAUGACCCUCUGUGUUACAAAGUAUACCACAAGGCAAGGGGUGUCCACUUCAAAGCCUACGUAGGUGCUACCAUGCGAUUCGGCCAAUUCCUCUCCACCUCCCUCCUAAAAGAAGAGGCACAGAAGUUUGAGAACCAGACACUAUUUACUAUAUUUACCUGCUUGGGGGCAUCUGUCCAAGACUUCUCCCUCAAGAAGGAAGUCCUGAUCCCCCCCUAUGAGCUGUUUAAAGUCGUAAAUAUGAGCUACCACCCACAAGGAAAUUGGUUGCAAUUGCAGUCAACUGGGAACCUGAGCACAUAUAACUGCCAGCUGCUAAAAGCUUCCAACCAGAAGUGCACCCCUGCUCCUAUAGCAAUUACUUCUGUCACCUUUUUGACUACUAUCAUCAUCUCUUUCAUAAACAGAGUUUAAAGGAGUCUUAUGUGGUUUUCUUUUAAUAUUUAAAUGAAAACUUUUAAUUGGCCUUUGGCAAGAAAUGAGAAUUUGUUUGCCAGGGAGGAUAAUUCCAUCAUAUUUCUGCCAAAACCAGUGCAUAGAUUCCUCAUUGCUAAUUCCGUUUUGCCUCCCCAACAUCCCUUUGCCUUAUUCCAAUCAAGGCACCCUGAAUACUCUUGCAGAAAUCCCUCUGCCCUGCUGUCAAUUAAUGCAGAGCUGGCUCAGCCCACUGCCUGUGAGUUGGCCUGUAACGCAGGCCUUACCCAUUCAGCAUAUUUCUUUUCCAUGAACAUGGAGAUUCUUGCUGGAAUAGAAAACAACCCAGUCAAAACCUGUCAGAUAUGAUCAGGGUAUUUUUUUAGAAGUGGGAUUGGGAGGCUCGGUGCCCGUAGCUCAGUGCUUAGUUCACUGGCCACAUACACCAGGGAUGGUGGAUUCAAAUCUGGCCUGGGUCUGCUAGACAACAAGGACAAUUACAACAGAAAAAUAGCUGGACAUUGUGGCAGGCGCUUGUAGUCCCAGCUACUUGGGAGGCUAAGGCAAGAGAAUCACUUAAGCCCAAGAGUUUGAGGUUGCUGUAAGCUGUGAUGCCACUGUACUCUACUGAGGGUAACAAAGUGAGACUCUGUCUCAAAAAAAAAGAAGUGCGAUUGGGAAUAAUUAGAAUGAGAGCCUCUUUUUUGAGUGAAUAUUAAUGAAAACAGGGUAUUUGCUAUAGCUGUUUGCAGCUAUCCUCCUACCAAGACACCUCACAUCCCUGAGAAGAGAACAAAUGAAAUAAAGGAAGAGCUGUGAAAUGAAAAGAAACUGAGUCCCAAUGAGAAUGUAUAUAUAAGCUUCUAGAUCCAACUGUGCCUGAAGGUGAUAUCCCAAUCAUUUUCAUUACAUAAAUCAAGAAAUUAGGGUUUUGUUUCCAUAAUCUGAAUUGGAUUUUCUGUCUCAAGCAAUUUCAGGAGUUCUGAUGAAUACAAAAAUGUUCCAUGAUUUUUAUUUAGUCAUUGUAAAUAGGAACAAAUGAAAGAAGAUCAAGUUGGAAAACAAAAGAUGAAUUCUUCACCAAAUGGAAAAGCUUUGAGCCUCAGAGACUUAACCAAAGUGUGAAUUUUCUUCCAAGAUUUCUAUCAGCAUUUAAAAUCAAACUAGUUGGUCUCAGAAGGAAAAUACAUAGAAAUUUGAGAAAUAAAAAGGAAAG